CGCUGAUUGGCUCCUUCCUUCUUUAAUGCUGCACGGCGCAUUUGGAAGCUGGAAUACGUCCGCAGAGUACUCGGCUGUUAGCAACAGGCUGAGGAGAUGCGUUUGCUAUCAGACUGGACCGAGAAUUCGGCUCGAUGUCGGGAGAAAAGAAAAACGCUGAUGCGGCGCUGUGCCUGAACAAGAUGGGUCCAGCCCGCCCCAUACCCUACUCCUGGUGCUGCUGUCACUGAGCCGCCGUCACUUUCAGUCUAGGCUAGAGGGUCCCGACUCCCGAGUCAUGUGGAGGGGACCAGGCUCAUCUGAUAGGGCCAAAUCAAGUGUAGGGUUUAUGUUAUGCAGAUGCUUGUCUGCUGCUUGGAAACCUACGAACUACGAAAUACGAACUACGGACUCAGGUGGAUAUGGUAGUACAGGAGGAGAAUUCCUUAGGUUAGGAGGGCGAGAGAGCGGUGCAGGUGCAGGUGGACGCGGCGGCGAAAUCAAGAGGGGUAGCGGCGGUUGAUGAGGCGGCCUGCUUGGUACAGGGAGGCAGGGAUCGUGACCCGGAUGGGGAGGUAUGUCGUGAGGUACGUGGGGAGGUUCAUGGUAUUGUGGUUUUGGUUGUGGAGUUUUGGGUUGUUGGGAUCGAGGAUGGUCGGUGGAGGAUGAGAUGGUUAGGAUGAGAUGG